AUGAUGAAUUUCGAUAAUCUCUUUCGAUGUUUUAUAUUAACUCAAUCAUUUGUACGUGGUUGGGGAAAUACGUUUCAUUUACAAGAAAUUUUUACCUAUCGACGUGAAAAAAUUGGUAUUUCAUCUCAAGUAGCUACAGCUCAUUUUCAACUUGUUUUAUCACGUGAUCAUCGUUUUGGUAUUGAUUCAAUUCCAAUAGGAAUUUGUUAUGCUAUCGGUAAUCAUAUUAUAUUACCAUAA